AUGGAAAAUAAUAAUUAUUUAUAUUGUACUAGUGACAUAAUUAAGAGUAGUGUGGAUACAAAUGAAUACAAGUUUGUUGUAUUGAAAAACCGGCUAAAGAUGUUGCUUGUAUCAGAUUCUGAUGCUGAUCAAUCAGGAUGUUCGUUAUGCGUGAACGUUGGAUCUUUUGACGAGCCAUUUGGUGUCAAUGGACUAGCUCACUUUUUAGAACAUCUUUUGUUUAUGGGGACAGAGAAAUAUCCAGACGAAAAUGAUUAUAUGGCUUAUCUCAAUAUGCAUAAUGGAAGUAGUAAUGCUUAUACAAGUAAUGAGACGACUGUAUUUUAUUUUGAUGUUAGUAAUAAAUAUUUUGAAGGAGCGUUAGAUAGAUUUGCGCAUUUUUUUAUUUCUUCGUUAUUUAAGGAAAAUUCUGUUGAGCGUGAAAAAUCAGCAGUAAAUUCUGAAUUUUUAGGAAAUGUCAGUAAUGAUGAUAGUAGAAGAAAUAGAUUAUUACAACUUUGUUAUCAAAAUCAUUUAGAAGAAAGUCGAUUUAGUAUUGGAAACAACGAAACACUUAAAUUUGAAGACAUUCGAAAAAGAGUGAUUGAUUUUUAUAAAAAUACGUAUUUCGGCGACAGGAUGGUAGCUGUUGUAUAUUGCAAUAAAUCUAUGGAUGAUAUUGAAAAAUUAAUUGAAGUUUUUAAUAAUGUACCAUGUAGUUCUUCAGCAGCCAAUACAGAAGUGAUGAUUAACUCCCCUUGUAAAUUGUACAAUGAAUACAUUGAAAAUGUUAUGAAAAGUAAUUGGUACAAUUCAUAUAGUAAUUAUACUUUAGAUUCGAAAGUUUUUAAACAAGAAUGUCUAAAUAAGCUUUUACGGUUGAAAAGUAUUAGAGAUGUAAAACGAUUGGAUAUUUACAUUAAAACUUUACAUCCAUACAUUUCAAAGAUUGCAUUUGACGUAUUGAUUAAAGAUUUACUAAAGGAAGAUAAAGGCCUUAUAAAACUUUUGAAAGAUCAAGGUUUGGGAUAUGACGUUAAUGUUUCUAUUAGUUCAGUAAAAUAUUAUGGAUUGCUAAAUAUAUCAGUUUUUUUAACUAGUCGUGGGUUUUUUAAUCCCGAUUUAGUAGUUGAAGAAAUUGAAAAAUAUUUUUUAAAUUAUAAAAUUUUAAGUUCAAAAUUAAAAGGAUUAGUAGAUCAGAAUGAAAUUAACUUUGAAUUCAAUGAACAAGAAGAUGUUAUUGAUGUUUUAGAAGUAAUAGCAGAUAAUCUUUCUAAAAUACCAGUAAAAAAUAUUUUAAACUUUGAACAUUUACAAACAUUACCAAAAGAAGAAGUUAUUUGUUGCUUGUUAGAUUUAAUUAAAAAUAGAUCUGAGUGGAUAACAAUUUUUUCUUCUAGUGAGUUUGAGUGUAAAGAAAAAGAUGAAAUUUUUGGUAUUGAAUACGAAAUGUAA